AAGUAUGGUUAUACCAGACACUGAGCGAAAUGAGCGAAAUGAGCAAAAUUUAGACGACGAAGGACCCGGCUGGAAACGUAUUACCCUACUUUUAGUUGUUGCCGUUUCUUACCUUUGUAUUGGAGCAGCGGUGUUUCAGAAAAUAGAGGGCCAACCGGAAAUUCAUAGACGGCAUGACUUGAGAAAAGCUAUUCAAAAGUUUUUAGGAAAUAAUACAUGUGUGGAUAUUACAGAAAUGGAAAAUUUCAUGUCCAAGAUAGCCCUUGAUUCGGAUUUCGCAUUGCGAACUUUAAGAAAUGAAACGAUAUCUACAAAAUGGGACUUUUCUGGCUCAUUUUCUUUUGUUAUAACAGUUGUUUCUACAAUUGGUUAUGGAAACAUGGCACCAAGGACGAAAGAAGGACGUUUAGCAUUAGUUAUAUAUGCAUUGUUUGGAAUACCUCUGACAAUGGUAGUAUUAAGUUAUAUGGGCCAACUAUUAACAAGACUUUCUACAAAAGUGAAUAGAUUAAAAAUAUGUUCUAGAAAACCAGUUUUAAAUAAAGUAUUAAAUAUGGUUCUAAUCGUAUGUCUAGGAUUGACUAUGUUGUUCCUUGUUCCUGCUUUUAUUUUCCAACAAGUAGAAAAGUGGCACUAUUUAGAUGGACUAUACUACUGUUUUGUUACCUUGUCAACCAUUGGUUUUGGAGAUUACGUUGCCGCUAUAUCGGAGAACCGUCUGAGUGACAAGGGAGCUGGUGAUGUUUACAGAAUUGUGACUUUUGCUUGGAUUUUAUUUGGUUUAGCUUACGUAUCUCUCAUUAUUAGCUACAUUACCAAUGUGUUUGUUAAAAGAACAGAACAAGUAGAAAAGUUCACUAAAGAUGCAUUAGAGGGAGAGAUUGACAGACUUCAAGUUGAAUUGAAGAAAACAAAAACUACAAUGUAUCAAAAAGCAAGUAGUGUGAAAACGAAUGUUAAAAAUAAAUCCUGGGGCAAACCACAAGGUGAUGCUAUAAACGAGACUAAAAAUAAGACAGGUGUUCAACUUCUUAGUGUGUCAAAUUUUAGAACAGUGUGAUUUGAUGAAUGUUAAGAACGGGUGUACAACUUUUAAGUGUGUCAAAUUUUAGGACAGUGUGGUUUGAUGAAUAUAAAGAACGGGUGUACAACUUCUAAGUGUGUCAAAAUUUAGAACAGUCUGAAUUUGAUGUUGUAAAGAACAUGUGUACAACUUCUAUAGUGUCAAAAGACUCUCUUUAGGACAGUCU